AUGUCAACUCCACCAACACCACCACAAUCGAAAGAAGAUGCGGAAUACAACAAGAUCUGCGAGGAACAUCAACACUUGAUACAAAUUACACUUCCCAAAGGCAAUGGAUGGAUGGUGCAACACCUCUGUAACUACAAUGGCUUCUGGUUGAACACCUAUAUCAUCAAAAACAUCUUACUUCUCAAUGCCUUCUUUAAACCUCGAUCUUCAGACAUCUUCUUGGCCUCGUUCAUGAAGUCUGGCACCACCUGGCUCAAAGCACUCAUGUUCUCCACCCUUAACCGCCACCGCUACACCUUCUCCGACCACCAUUUGCUCCGCCACCACCCACAAAGCACUUUCCCUUAUCUCGACAGCGAAUGCCAUCCCAUUGCUGAUUUCACCCACAUCCCUUCACCUCGACUCUUUGCCACCCACUACCCUCGCCUCCUCUUACCUUCGUCCAUGACUUCCUGUAAGUUUGUAUACGUGUGUAGGGACCCAAAAGAUGUGUUGAUUUCGAAAUGGCCUUUCGCCUGCAAAAUCAGAUCGAAAGAUCUGAUGCCUCUAACGUUUGAUGAAGCAUUUGAGCUUUUCAGUGAAGGAGUGUCGGAAUGCGGGCCGUACUGGGACCAUGUUUUAUCAUACUGGAAAGCAAGUUUGGAAUCUCCGGAUACGAUUCUGUUCUUGAAGUAUGAGGAAAUGAAGAGGCAGCCCGCGGUGGAGCUGAGAAAGUUGGCGGYGUUCAUGGGGAAACCGUUCACGGUGGAUGAAGAAGAGAACGGGGAAGUAGAGAAGAUUGUGGAGCUGUGUAGCUUUGAGAAGUUAAGUACUUUGGAGGUGAACAAAAAUGGUGUUGAAAAGCUUGGUAAGCUAGCGGUGGUGGAGAAGGCGGAUUUUUUCAGGAAAGGAGAGGUUGRAGAUUGGAAAAACCAUUUGAGUGAGGAGAUGAGACAACGUAUUGAUGGAAUUACUGAUGAGAAGUUGAAGGAUUCUGGGUUGAUUCUUGGUGCUAGGGUUUGAGUU